AUGCAUCAGCCCCAUAUUUACCCACAUUUUCCACUUCUCCCAAACGGGAUCCCACUUGACUCACUAUCUCAUUUCAUAUCCUGCAUCCCAUUCUCGGCUCUGUACGUCCUAGAGCAAAAUAGCGCCGCCAUAAUCAGUUCCGUGAAUACAGAAGACAAAGUUCACCUCGUGACAAACCUACACAUGUUUAUUGCCCCCCACUACUCGAAACUUGGCGGCCGCUGUCUGUCAAUGUAUCUCCACUUUCUUGCAGCCACCUUAAACGCCCUCCCCCGUCUCCGUCUUUGA